CCCCUCCCGAGAGAGGCAGGAAGCGAGCACGAAGCACAGCGACGAUGCUUCAGAGAGAAACGACUCAGAGAGAAACACGUUAAGACACACGGGGACUUUAAAGGAGACAUCCGCUGUGUCUCUGUCUCAUUCUCUUACUGCCCCCCCCCCCUCUCUCUCUCUCUCUCUCUCUCUCUCUCUCUCUCUCCCCCUCUCUCUCUCUCUCUCUCUCUCUGUCUCUCUGUCUCUCUCUCUUUUGUGUAGCCAGGAUGUCGCGCGAGUUGCGGAUGAGCCAAUAGAAGAGCAGCUCGCUCUGGUGCUUUGUGUUGCUUCACGGGGGUUUUAUUUAUAUAUAUAAUUUAUAUCCUUCUCUUUCUUACAGAGCCGUUGCACUUUUACCACACAAAAUAAGAAUUAGAAUGAGAAAAUAGGAAUUAGAAAGGCAUUGUUACAACUAAGCAUUUACGUGAUUAUAAUAAAAUGUCGCCAUUUUAGUCCUUAAUAAACAAAUUAAAUAUAUGUUUCAUCUCAGGUCGAGAUCCUGUCUGUUCUAAAAGGGUGAAAUAUGAUAAUAGAUGUAAUAAAAUCUGUGUGUGUUCAAAUAUGCAAAUGAAGGCAACAAAAGAAAGAAAUAGGAAAACUAAAUCUAAAUUUGAGAAGAAAUGAAUGAAAGAAUAUGACCCCCGGCUGCUCGGGCCUAACUGACCACGUGCUCAGCUCUUUACCUCUAAUCCUAAUCAGCGUUUGACCCAGUGUGACUCCAAAGGGGAAUCCCAGGAAACUCCCUGUAAUGGUUUAAGCAAUGAUUUUUAAAUGAAAGCAAACCCCAAAUGUUUCAGCUUUAUUAUAUUUAUUAAUAUGUCCCAAAUAAAAAUGAAUGAGAACGUUUAUAUCCAAAGCGAGUUAUGAUUCAGGCUGUGAAUAAUUCAUCAGAUGAGCUCUGAGCGAGGAGGUCUCACUCUGUCUCUGUUUCAGAGUACCACCAUCAGCAGAUAGCUGUCCUUCAGACAACAGGAGACAAUACAUCACAUGUCUACGUCCUCCUGGUCUGUAUCGAAAAAGGAACAUCGGAGAAGAUUGUCCAGGAUUUUAAAUGAUGUUCUAAACUCUCACAGUAACUCAUCGCUUCAAGUAUAAAAGAUCUUUGGGGCGCGCUUCUUCUUCAGGUUUCUCAGUUGUCAUGGAAACGGCAGCCUCACAAACCGACGCCACCGUCGAUAAUUUACAGCGGGACAAUAAAACAAAAAACAAACAAUAGACAGCCACAAAUUAGACCCACAUGUCUGCAGCUGAGGAGCCGGCUCUCCUGGAGCUGAACCUCCGCAGGGAGACGUGGUGUCAGGUGGAGGUGAACCCCCGGCGCUGCUGGGAGAGGACCGAGAGGAGACACUACCGGGCUCACCUGCGCACCAACCCGGUCCUCCUCACCGCCCUGACCGGCGGGCCGCAGCGCGGUUCGGCCCGCGAGGAGCGGCCGCCCGCCGCCCGCCUCCCGGAGAGAAGGCACUUCGAAGAGAGCCAUCAGUCACAUCUGGUGUAACAUCUGGACCUGAAGGAACUCCAACGAUUACGGGCCAGAAUACAUCACAAUAUAAUAUCUCUUCAUAAGAGGAGAACUACAAGUAUCCACCUCAUUUGUAGAUGUGUCCGUCUGCCUCUAAUAAAAUGAAAUAAACAAGUGUGUUAUCUUCCAAAUGUGAGACUCGUUCACCAGAGGAUCAGGACUAAGGGGCUCGUUCCCGAGAGCAAAGAGAAGGGAAACAUCUGCAGAGGAGAUCCAGCUGUGUCGAGGCUGGCGGAGCCCACGCAGAUGUGGUCCGGAGGGAGCUGCUGGACCAGCUGGUCUCUCUGUGCGGAGACAUCACAGAUGUGUCGGUUGUCUUUUGUCACAAAGUGUAUUAACAAACAGAUUAAAGAUCACCUUACAACAACA